AAUCUACAUGUCCUGGAAAUUUUACUUUUGAAGAGAAAAAAAAGAAGAAGAAGAAGAAGAAGAAAAGGGCAAAAAAGUUUACCAUCUCCUGUUUAGCCUCAAGGAAAAUUUUAUAAUUUAUAAUCCUCCUCCCCCUUCCCCUCCACAUUUCCACAACAUGCAAAAGGUGUCCUCAAAAUAUACAACAUAAAGCUAUACUUUAUUAUAAAAGACAUCACGAACGUAAUACUAUAAGGGAGAGAUCAUGAGAGAAUUAGAGGAGAAACCUUCGUUGAAAGGAGAUAAAACACGGGAAGGAAAGAAGCGAUACCAUCAUGGGUUCAGUUCAGCACAGAUGCAGGCUCUGUCUAGUUUUUGUGAGGCUGUUUUUCCUUCUUUUCCUUCAGAUUCCCUCGAGGGAGAAGAAGAGAAACCAAACAAGGCUGUGCAGUCCUUCCUCAAUGCUUCAGCCUCUCAACCUCCUAUCCCUGAUGAGGUAGCAGAGACACUGGUGAAGAGGGGUUUCACAGAACUUGUGAUCAUGGCCAGAAUUUUAUUGUGGAUGUUAUCAUCUAGGUUGGGGACACUGUUGCUUUCUGGGUCUCUAUGUUUAGGUGACAAAUGGCCCUAUAUCAAUAACUUCUCUGGAAUGUCCUUGGAGAAGAGAGAGAAAGUUCUACAGUGGUGGAAUAAGCAUACCUUUCUAACUCCUAUCAGAUCUGUGUUGGGUAUCAUCAGGGUCUGUUGCCUCUAUGUUUUCUUCUCAAGGGGCAGCGAAGAUGGCAAUAAUCCAGCAUGGGAAGCCAUUGGCUAUCGGGUAGACUGUGAUGAGAAGCUGCCCCAAGUGCCAAAUGAGAGGCCUCUUCAGAAAGGAACAAUAGAAACUAUGCAUGAAAAGGACUCUACCCUUCUCCAUUCACUGACUCAGAAAGGCCUUGUAGUUACAGAAGAUCCUGAACAACACUUCUACAAAAUCAAAUGUGAUGCUGUAAUUGUGGGCUCCGGCUGUGGCGGAGGUGUUGCAGCUGCUGUUCUGGCUACCUCUGGCCAAAAGGUCAUUGUCCUUGAGAAAGGGGGCUAUUUUGCUCCUGUAGAUUAUUCCCCCUUUGAAGGCCCCUCAAUGAAUCAACUAUAUGAAGCAGGAGGAAUCCUACCGAGUGUUGAUGGGAAGACGUUGAUAUUGGCUGGCUCAACAGUUGGUGGUGGUUCAGCUGUCAACUGGUCAGCGUGCAUCAAAACACCAAGGUCUUUGCUUCACGAGUGGGCUGAGGACUACAAAAUCUCACUUUUUGGGAGCCCUGAAUAUGUCUCUGCUAUGGACAUUGUUUGUAAGAGGAUUGGUGUCACAGAAAAUUGUAGAGAGGAAGGAUUUCAGAAUCAAGUCCUUAGGAAAGGAUGUGAAAAUCUUGGUCUUGAAGUUGAAAGAGUGCCACGGAAUUCUUCAGAGAGUCAUUACUGUGGAUCUUGUGGUUUUGGUUGUAGAAGAGGAGACAAAAAAGGGACUGAUCGCACCUGGCUAGUAGAUGCCGUGGAUCAUGGUGCAGUGAUCAUAACAGGAUGCAAGGCUGAGAGGUUCAUGCUAGAAAAGAAGAAGAAAGGCAGUACAAGGAAAAAGAAAUGCUUGGGAGUGGUUGCAAAAGUCUUAAACAACAAUGUCACGAAGAAACUGCAAAUUGAAGCGAAAGUAACAAUCUCAGCAUGUGGGGCUCUUCUGACACCCCCUUUAAUGAAAUCUAGUGGGUUGAAGAAUGAGAACAUUGGUAAAAAUCUUCAUCUCCACCCUGUCCUAAUGACUUGGGGGUACUUCCCAAGUUCAAAUUCAGAGCUCAAGGGAACAGCCUAUGAGGGUGGAAUUAUCACAUCAGUCCAUAAAGUGGUAUCAAAAGACUCAAAUAUGAGAGCUAUCAUUGAAACUCCUGCGUUAGGGCCAGGUCAGUAUGCUGCAUUAUGCCCUUGGACAUCUGGACUAGACAUGAAAACAAGGAUGCUAAAAUUUGCAAGAACUGCUCUUAUGAUGACAAUAAUAAGGGACCGUGGAUCAGGUGAAGUUAGUUCAGAGGGAAGGAUAACCUACAAUUUUGAUGCAGUAGACAAGGAAAAUCUUGAAGCUGGCAUAAGGCAGGCAUUGAGGAUUUUGGCAGCAGCUGGAGCUGUGGAGGUGGGCACCCAUCGUAGUGAUGGUCAGAGAAUCAAAUGCAAAGAGAUGGAUAGAAAACAAUUUGAGGAGUUUCUGGACAAUGUUUCUGCAGUUGGAAGCACACUAUCCCAUGACAAGAACUGCAUGCUCUAUGCCAGUGCUCAUCAGAUGGGUAGCUGCAGGAUGGGGAUUAAUGAAAAAGAAGGUGCAGUUGAUGGGAAUGGGGAAAGUUGGGAAGCAGAAGGAUUAUUUGUUUGUGAUGCAAGUGUUCUGCCAAGUGCUGUUGGUGUCAAUCCCAUGAUCACAAUCCAAUCAACUGCUUACUGUCUCUCAAAGAGAAUAGCAGACUCUUUGAGAGGAAAACAGCCUUGAAGUUCUUUAACUAAUUAUCAAAGUCCCCCAAAGACUGCAGGUAUAUAUAUUUAUUUCCUAUGUUAAUAGUGUGCAAAAUGGAAACACCUUUGUGACACCAGUCUGUGUAAAAGAUAAACAAGUAUAUUACUA